AUGGCUCGUAAACAACCGAAGAACAUUGCGCUUGUUGGCGGCUCUUUAGGCGGUCUGUUCGUAGGUGUCGCAUUGAAACAGCUUCGCAAAGACCUGAACAUCUGCAUAUUCGAGCGGAAUCCGACACCACUGCUUCACGACCAGGGUGCUGGCGUCGUUGCUGGCCGAGAUGUGCAGGAUUUCUUCCGGAAGCAUGACAGAACACACACGAAUCUAACAGUUACUAGCCACCAGAGGCUAUAUCUCGAUAAGGAGGGGAACGUCAUCUAUCGAGAAGAUAGGCAACAACACAUGACUAGUUGGGACCUGCUAUAUCAUGUCCUACGCGCGAACUUUGAUGGUGUAGACUCGGAUUAUGCAGAAGCGCCUGCACCGGACUCCCACGAGGGAACCGCGGCGUACGUGUAUGGACACCAGGUCACCGAUAUCAAGUUCAACGACGCACAGCCUGUGGUCGUCAAGACAAAGCCUACAAACGGAGACACCGUCAGCUUCGAUGCAGACAUGCUCAUCGCCGCUGAUGGACCCAGCUCCACGAUCCGCCAACUCAUUGUCCCCAACCUCCAGAGGAAGUACGCUGGCUACGUGGCAUGGCGAGGCACGGUCCCAGAAACUCAACUCUCAGCCUCAGCACGAAAUGUGUUCGUGGAGAAAUUCCCCUUCUUCCACGCUGAGGGUGUGCAGGUUCUUGCGUAUACCAUACCUGGGCCAAACGGGGCUGUCGAAUCAGGCAAAAGACUGCUAAACUGGGUGUGGUACGUCAACUACGCGGAGAAUUCGCCCGAGCAUAUCGAACUCAUGACGGACAAACAAGGCAAGCGACACCAUAUCACGCUCCCACCUGGCUUGAUCCAGGACGACGUGUGGAGACACCAGAAAGAGAAGGCGAGAGACGUGCUUCCGCCUCAGUUCGCCGAGCUGGUUGAGAAGACGGAGGUUCCGUUCGUACAGGCCAUUACUGAUGUGAUUAGUCCGGCUGCUGUGUUACCGACCGACAAUCGUGUAAUACUGGUUGGCGAUGCGCUCGCAGGUUUUCGGCCACACACAGCUGCGAGUACAAAUCAGGCGGCUAUGGAUGCAAUGACGCUCACUGAGGCUGUUGGUCGGAUCAUUGAGGGCGCGGAUAGAGAUGAAGUGCUCGCGGAGUGGGAGACAAAGGUGCUGGAGUACGCGAGGACAGUGCAGAAGCAUGGUGUUGAAAUGGGAAAUCGUAGUCAGUUUGGGGCGCACCCACUAAGUCGCUGA